CAGGAAGUCCUGUCACCGCACCUUCUUGGGGCGUGUUCUUUUCAAUAAUAAAACUGAUGGCUCAAGCUAAACUUUGUCUGCGAGGCUUCUGAACACAGCUGACACCAUGGCAACUGAAACUCCUCUUUCCAAGGCAACCAACACUUUUGCCCUGAAUCUUUGUAAAACCCUGGGUGACAAUGAUCGCAGCGCCAAUGUCUUCUUCUCUCCUAUGAGCAUCUCUUCCGCUCUGUCCAUGGUCCUCCUUGGGGCCCGGGGCAACACAGCUACGCAGAUGUCAGAGGUCCUCUGCUUCAAAGAGGCAGAGAAGCCGCCACAGGCCGGAGCAAUGCAGAAGCAAAUGCCCAUGCAGAUCCCCCAACACGUGCAAAAUUUACUGCCACCACAUCUGAGAAAGAGGUGCCUCAAAACGAAGGACCUCUCUGAUGAUGUACACUCCAGCUUUGCCACUCUUCUGCAGGAGUUUCACAAACCUGACGCACCCUACACCCUCAGCGUCGCCAACAAACUGUACGGAGAGGAGAGUUACCAGUUUGUUGAGGAUUACCUGGGAGCCACCCAAAAGUACUACAAGGCAGAGCUGCAGACUGUGGACUUCAUCAAUAAAUCUGAGGAGGCCAGAGUCACCAUAAACACGUGGGUGGAGCAGCAAACACAAGGUAAAAUUAAGGACGUUCUAGCCAAGGGUGUCGUGGAUAACCUGACGAGACUUGUGCUCGUCAACGCCAUUUACUUCAAAGGAAACUGGAAUAAACAGUUUAAUGAAAGCUCUACUCAUGAUGGUCAAUUCAGAAUAAACAAGAAUGAAACUAAACCAGUGAAGAUGAUGCACCAAAAAUCAAAGUUCCCCCUCACAUUCAUAAGUGAGAUUAACUGUCAAAUUAUAGAUUUGCCGUACAAAGGAAAGGAGCUCAGCAUGCUCAUCUUUCUGCCCGGCAGUAUUGAUGAUGGUCUGGAGAAGCUUGAGCAGCAACUCACCUACGAGAACUUUGUGGAGUGGACCCGUCCUGACAUGAUGGACGAGGUGGAGGUGCAGGUGGGACUCCCUCGAUUCAAGAUGGAGGAGAAUUAUGACCUGAAAGACGUGCUGAUCAGUAUGGGCAUGGUGGACGCCUUCAGCAUCAGCAGCAGUGAUUUCUCUGGCAUGUCUCCAGCCAAUGACCUGGUUCUGUCUAAGGUGGUGCACAAAGCGUUUGUGGAGGUGAAUGAAGAGGGCACUGAGGCUGCUGCCGCCACUGCCGCCAUCAUGAUGUUGCGCUGUGCCAUGAUGCCCGCCCGCUUCAUCGCAGAUCACCCCUUCCAUUUCUUCAUCAGACAUAACGCCUCCAACACCAUCCUUUUCGCUGGAAGAUUCUGCUCCCCUUAGUAAACUAUUAGCAAAAACAUAAACCAAAGAAAGGGAAGUUAGUUCAUUAUUUGGAACUAACUGUACAAUAAUCCAGCUGCUCUAGACUUUGCAUUAUCCAGUGGUGGAAAGGAACAAAAUAAAAAUACUGUACUUAAGUAAAAAAUGUAGGUAUAUGUAAAUUUUAAAGUGCAUACAUUUGACUUUUACUUGAGUACAUCUGAGAGGAGGUAUUUCUACUUUCUACUCCACUACAUUUUUGAACAGGACUGAAAAGUAAAAGCAUUGUUUAUUAUAAUUUGAGAUGUGCUGGAAAGGCUGAGGGGUUUAUUUUGAACACAUUUGUAGUUUGAGCAAACAAUAAUAAAUAAAAACGGCUAGAAAAAAAAACAACAACAAUCAGAUCAGUUGCUUCUAUUGAACAAAAUGCAACUCAAAUCUUUAUCAAAAUCACUACAUUUGAAGCUUUAUUAGACCUGAAAAUAUGAGCAGAAUACUUUUACUUUUUACUCUUUAAGCACAUUUUUACUUUUUUCAUGUGAUACUUUUACUUUUACUUGAGUAUAUUUUUGGUCUGGUAUCUGUACUUUUACUUAAAUAACAAAACUAAGUACUUCUUCCACCACUGGCAUUAUGUAUCAGUCACCAGCCUUCAGCAACUUUCACCAACAUGCCUUUAAACUCCUAUAAUUGUUGAUAUUCUUUUCAACUUUUGCACUAGCUUUGAAGUUACCAAAAACAGAUGGCUGCCUUACAAUGCUACACGUACAAUGUAAAAUUUCACAUGAGCAACAAAACAACAUUGCAAAUAACAAAAAUCACUCCUCAAAGAACCCCUGGAAAAAACCCUGAAAGAACCAUUACAUUUUGAUGUCCUGAAAUCCCAACAUUUUUAAUACUAUGUCAAAUUAAAUGUAAAAAAAAAAAAGUACUGUUCUUGUCUUUAACCUGUUUACACAAUUUGUCUGAAUGUAUCACUGAACAAAUGGAGAGGUUUUGCAUUGUAAAGUAUGGGUGCUUCAUCUUAUCUGUUGGCCUGUAUGAAUGACUUUAUUGACUAUAUGCUGUACGCCUUUACUAAACAGCCCUCUUUAUCUUAUAGGGUUCACCCACUCAAAGAAUUCAUCUACACUGCCUUGUGUUUUAUCAUGUGCACUUUACUUGUAUGUAUACUAACACACUUUUGUUCACACAUAGAGGAUUUUAUGCAAUGACAUUAAAGGACUGCACUGCCUGGCA